AUGCAAACAGUUCUGGAUAUGGUCUGGAAAUUGUGUAGAGAAUGUGCCUUCAUCGCAAACCGGAUACCCGAUGUCAUCAUAAUUAAGCUGCGGGGAUAUAGGUCCACCGACCGUGUGACUGCGGUAACAGUUUUGAGCUUAGAAGAAGGCAGUGUGGUUGCACAGACGGCACUGGCAUUCAAAGGGCAAGAACCCUCGGUGGACGUCAUCAGCAAUGUGAUAGCAGCAAAUGAUACACUAAACGAUGGUUUUGAAGACAUAGGUCUUGUACCGGACUCUGUCAGUUACACAAACACAUCAUUGUUAUCAGACUGCACACAAGAUGGUUGCAUGAAUGGCGGAACGUGCGAGAGUUCAGGAUUCUCCCCUCAGCCAACUUGCAGUUGCCCGGCAUCGUUCACUGGCGAGCGGUGCGAAACUGCAGUGACCACGUCACCACCAGACUUGACAACAGAGACACCAACCACAGAAGGAGGUGGUGGUGUGUCACCUCUAGCUACAGUUCUCAUCAUAGUCGGAUGUGUUGUUCUCCUGUUGGUGAUAGUAGGAAUAGUCAUCUGGUGCUGCAUGAGGCGUAAAUAUCUUAUCAAGAGUGAAAUCUACCAUCAGUCAAGUAGACGGCUCCAAGCUAGUAGAGAACCCAUCGAUUUUGAAGAUCGCAGAGAUCGCAGCUUGUCCUCUGACGAAAGCGACAGUGUAGCUGGCUGCAGCGAGGAAGAAAGGCGGAUCAAUCGUCUCGCUCAUGUAAUGAGCCGGUCACCUUUCCUACAUGCUAUGCAGAGUAAUUCAGAGUUCAUCCGACCAUACAUGGUGUCUGGCAACGAGGCAUUGGAACGUUACCGAGAAGAAGAAGCACGCCAUUGAAGGGAUGUUGCAGGCCGCGUGGUGUACAAUCCCGCCAUCCACUACUAAACCUCGUCAUUGGCCACAACUUCCAUAGCUGCAAAUGCAGCUCUGCGACAAGUAAUACCCAUGGGAUAAGUAGACUGAACGACUAAGCGAAGACUUGCAGCUGAAAUUUACCAUGAUUACUAGAGAAUUAAU